CGUAGACUGACCCCAACUCACUCACCAGAUCGUAGAGGAGGAGAUCAAGAUCAGAUAGUUCGUGGACAACAGGUUAGAGGGGCUCAACAUCAGUGUCGUUAAAGAAUGGCGGACCAAGCAUCAGAGUAAGCGUUGGGGAAAACUUUUAAUCUAUUUGGACUUUGUGGUUGAAAGUUAAGGACUGGAGAUUCUGGUCGUUUGUUUCUUUAAAGAAUAUGAUUUGGGGUUUUGUCCACACGUUUAGGGCUUGUCAUUGAGAUUUCAAAUUAUUAAAGUUUGGUGUAUUUAUUUUAAGUGUGUUUAUGUAUAAUUUUUAAAUAUGCCCCGGGGUAGAAAUGUCUUUUACAUGUUUCAAAAAGGUGGGAUGUAACAACAGCUCCCACUAAAGCUAUUGCUUCUUACACUAGCUAGGCGAACUCCCGCUCUGUCCCUUCACCCUUCUACCUAACACUCGGGGUAUUCACUCCUCUCUCAAAGUUCGAGUGGCAUUCACUCCUCUCACUUCGUUUCUAACCCCUACCCAUCCCCCCUAAGUGUUUUUAGCAUGAGGGACAAGCGUCGAAUGCUUCAUUAGCAGUGAUCUAAGUGGUGGAGCUAAACAUGGUAAACAUGCCCCCUUUUUCUGGUAAAAUCCGGCAAAAAACAUAUUUUUUUCUUAGUCAAGCUAUGUAGAAUCCUACCCACCAUGGAUCUUCUUUCCCUGGUGUAGGGCAAGCACUGUAGAUAAUAGUAAUAGAACUCUGUGCAAAGUUUCCCCCCGUUGGACGAUUUGCUAUUAAUAUGUUGAGAUCUUCUAGCGAUUUACAUUGCAUAAAAUGAUCUGUCUUUCUACUUUUCUCUAUUUAUGAGUGGACACCCCAUUCUUCUUAAAAAACAAGUUAUUUCCUUAGUUUUCUAUCAGAUGACAGAGAUCCAGUAAUUCCAUAGAAAUCUAAAUAAGUAUGUUCAAUUUCUUCCAUUAAUCCCAGAUAUUCUGGUUGUUCUCUAGCGAGGAAGAGGAAAGUGGGUAUGCGGGCUUCUUUCGCUUGACUUUUACUCAAGCCUCUGUCUUUUCUCGUUUUGCUAAUCCUCCCUUCUAAUGCGAGCAGUGCACUUUCUUUCCCUUAUUAGUAAAGGGGCGUGGGAGGAACCCAAGAGGAGACUCUAUUCUCAGUAUUCAGCCAAUCACUUAGACUGGCUUGAGCUAAGUGGUAUGGUAAGGCCUUUGAGUCAGUUUCAUAUGUUGGGGGUUAUUCUAGCAUUCAUAAAAGGAGAUAAUUUCAGCAUGAAAUGAAUAAGGAGAAUCGGAGACCAACAUUCAAUUCGAGAUUAUCCUGCGCUACCAAUCCGAUGCGAUAAGGAGUAACAUACAUAGGGCGGCCGAAUCACUUGUAUCCUCUACGGAAUAAGUUCCCCUUCAAAUUCUAUGGGAAUUAAUCCCAUGGCUUCUUACAUUUUGGGUUUUUUAUUUCAUUUGGGAACAAGUCCAAGAAAGCACUUUUUCCUACCAAAUACUAUCUAACCCUGCCUGCUUCUUCCAUUCGCUGAACUCUGAGCUCCUCUAGCAAAUCACAUUGAGAUUUCCUCCGGGUUUCUGCUUCAUUCAAGUCUUAAUUCAAGUAAGGACAAGUCCAUAUCAUCCCAAUCAAGAUAGAUGGCCUGCCUCGCUGCGGCUAGCACCUCCUUCACUUUCGGUUCUUCAGAAGAAUCAACAGACUUCUCCCUUCUUCAUUGAUUCGGGGGAAAAGUAACCGUCUACCAAUUGGGAAGAUAGACCAUUUGAACCUGGCCUAAACUACUAGUUGGUACUCAAAGGGUUGCUUUCUAUCGCUCGAGCUACUUAUUGAUAGACGUGAGGGUGGGACGGGAAGGGGUCUCGGCUGACUACGCCAUCACUCGAGGGUCCAGGCUCAAAUUCCCUGCAACUGCAAGGUUUAGUCAUACAUGAAAAAGAAUCAAUUGCUCAAAACUUACCAUUCGGAUUAUAUUAUAUGUCGUUCACUCCCUCUUUCUUAAUUUGAUCUAUUAGGGGUUGGCCUAGCUACCCCAAUAGUCCAAAGUCUUCCUUUCCCCUGCCCAACUCCUUGAAGUCGACCGAGAAUCCUGCUCCUCUCCUUUAGAGUCAUUUGCCAUGGCAGUUUCAAAGCAACUGAGAUCAAAGCUUCACAAAGAUCUGCAGUUGUAUACGCUCUUUCUUCCUAGUUUUAUAGGCAAGAACGAAUUCGGAACGAAUCGAGUUUCAUUUCGUAAAGGACAUUCUACCGGGCAUGGGAACUAGCAGUUCUUCUUGCUCCUUUCUAUCCCAAUCUUAGGCAGUCCGUAGGGCACUCCUCUUGUUCAUGGUUAGCUUUGAAGGAAGUUCUAAGAGAGGCUUCUCUGAGCUAGUGGCAUCGAGAAUGAUUUGGUCACUGAUCUGGUUGCCUGGAGUGGAGUUCCUCGUCAAAGUAUGGCGAAGAAUGAACCUAGACUCUAUUUUUUUUUAUAGAUUUUCUCUGGGUUUCUGCUUUAUUCAAGUCUUAAUUCAAGUAAGGACAAGUUCUUAUCAUCCCGAUCGGGAUAGAUGGCCUGCCUCGCUGCGGGUCAGCACCUCAGGCUCCUCCUAAUCUGGCGAGUGCUCCCGUAUCGUAUAUAAGAGAAGAGUUGUUUUUAGGAGUGAUCCUUCUCUGACACUAGAAAUUGAAUAAGAUUAGAAAGUUGGAAGAGAAGUGAGCUUGUCUGUAUCCACAACAAAAGGAAGUCGAAGGAAUUAAUGUAGUUGCUUCUACUUUCAUCGAGAUUGGUUUGGUGUUCACUCUACCUGAAAAGAUCGAAAAGAAUGCAUUGGAUGAAUGCAUGGGCAUUGAGAAGGAAGGGACUGGAAUGAUUAUCCCUGCCCGAUGGGUGUAUAUCCAUCCCUCAAUGUCGUCGGGUACUGUUUACUUCCCCGCCAUUCUUGUAACCGUCACCUGUAAUCCGUAGGGCACUCCUCUUGUUCUUGGUUAGCUUUGAAGGAAAUUCUGAGUGAGGCCUCUCUGAGCUAGUGGCAUCGAGAAUGAUUUGGUCACUUAUCUGGUUGCCUGGAGUGGAGUUCCUUGUCAAAGUAUGGCGAAGAAUGAACAGAAACACUGUUUUUUUCUAGAUUUCCUCCGGGUUUCUGCUUCAUUCAAGUCUUAAUUCAAGAAGGACAAGUCCUUAUCAUCCCAAUCGGGAUAGAUGGCCUGCCUCGCAUCGGGUCAGCGCCUCAGGCUCCUCCUAAUCUGGCGAGUGCUCCCGUAUCGUAUAUAAGAGAAGAGUUGUUUUUAGGAGUGAUCCUUCUCUGACACUAGAAAUUGAAUAAGAUUAGAAUGUUGGAAGCGAACUAAGCUCGUCUGUAUCCACAACAAAAGGAAGUCGAAGGAAUUAAUGUAGUUGCUUCUACUUUCAUCGAGAUUGGCUUGGUGUUCACUCUACCUGAAAAGAUCAAAAAGAAUGCAUUGGAUGGAUGCCCGGGCAUUGAGAAGGAAGGGACCAGAAUGAUUAUCCCUGCCCGAUGGGUGUACAUCCAUCCCUCAAUAUCGUCGGGUACUAUUUACUUCCCCGUCAUUCUUGUAACCGUCACCUGUAAUCCACGCAGGUGUUUCGCACCCCCUUGAGUGGACGAGAAAGAAAGGAUUUUUCAGAGCAACCAAUUCCCAUGAGUCAACUGUCUCGUAUGAGAAGUGAGUUUUUAUACUACCUCGUUCACAGGUGGGUGAGAGGCUUCAACUUGCUUACCAUAUGUGGAAAAGUCCUAGCCUUCGAUGACUUCCUUAUGAGAACAUAAAUUUAUAUUUGGGUAUAGACGGUAUCUCUUUAUUCUUCGUGAUAUUGACCAUAUUUUUUAUCCCUAUUUGCCUCCUCUCACAAAGUUCCAGUAUAUUCAUUCCUCGCCUUUCGCCCUUCGGUUGAACAUAUUCUAAACCUUCCACCCCACUCGACUAAAGAGAAUGUUGACUGAUCUCACUAAUAGGGUGGAUUUUCUUUUUCCCAUGUGAAUUGCAGUAGAAGAAUUCGGAGUGCUCUUUUUUUAUGUGACGUUAAUGCCAUCUUGGAAGUGAUUCACUAAGUCGGGUUUUCCAGCGGCCACCUAUUGUAUUGUAGAAUCGUCAGUUUCUUUUGAAGAAACGAUGAAGUUAUAUUGUUCUCCUUAUUAAAAGAUAGCUAGUAACUUCUUAUUAAAAGGUAGAUAGGGUUCGGGCACUUCCUCAUUCGAGUAUAUUCGUUCCUCUCACAAAGUUCCUCGAAUGAAAGGAUAGGAACGAAUAUACUCAAACAAAGUGUGAGGUUAUCAAUAUGCUCGACUAAAAAGAUAGGGGGGAAUUCGGUAUGCGAGGUCUCGCGCCGGACAUGUGCUAAAUGUUGAUUAGCCUUUUCCAAGGAUACUGCUACAUCCGCUAAACCUUACCCAACUGAGCGUGAUUGCACAUGCUCUUCAUAUGGAGGGAGGGCGGAGGAUUUAGAAAAGUAAGGGUCACCCGUUUUAGCCCGGAAAUAUGGAAAGAGUCAUUAUAUUAUACUUAUCCUGAUAAAUUAUAUCAAAUCUCAUGUAAAUAACAUAUAACAUUACACCAAAGUAACAUGUCGUACUUAGAUCCAACAUAUAGUGAAAAUUCACACACACUUAUAUAACAUCAAUAUUCAAAUAUUCAAUUAAGGAUUUCAAAUAUUGAGUUAGGGAAAAAGAAAAAUCAGAAAAUAUGUGCAUUUCAUAAACCAAAGAAAAAAUGACACAAUUUGACCUCCAACCUGAUAUCUUGUAGCGGUCUAUCCGGACCUUGUGCAGAAGCAAAAAAUAAAUGGUCCAUUUAAUGUUUUCUUUACACCAACUAUGAGAAAAUCCUGCUCAAUGUAGUAAUAGCUAGGAAAAUAUGACAGCAUGAGUUAUCCUAUUUAAAUUAUUAAAAUUAUUAAAUUAUUAAAAUUUCCGCAUGAGUUAUCCAUAUCAUGUUCAAACUAUAUCAGCAAUUAGAUCUAUUUAAAUUAUUAAUAUUUUAUUUUAUUUGUGUAUGGACAACUCGUACAACCGGUUGUAUGUGAACUUUUUUAGAAUUCUCUUAUCCUUCUCCUCUCCACGAAGAUCCGAAACCUUCUUCUCACCGCUGACAUCCAUUGUUCCUUCAACCCUCUUCCUUCGAUCUCGUCGCUGCCAUUGCUUUUCCCUAUUCAACUACGGCGAGCCAGAUUCUGACGGCGACAGUGAAGGCGGUGAGCAGGGGGUGACGACGUGAAGAAGAAGCUCGUCGAUUGCAACAUCUCUUCGACUACGGCGAGCCGGAUUCCGACGACGACAGUGAAGGUGGCGAGCAGGGGACGACGAUAGCGAGCAUCUCUUCGUCGAUUGUGUUUCGCGGAAAAGGCGAUUGCAGCACCUCAUCUCCGCAUUACCUCUCCCUAUUCCCCUGCACAGAACCCCCUCUUCCCAUCGAUAGCAAACGGAGACUGUUUACCUACCUCCUCCCCCGCAGCAUUUUCGAUUAGUAUGCCUAUCAGUUCUACAAUUUUAUUCAUUUUUUCGGUUAAUAUGCCUAUAAGUUUAGGGAUUAUGUUGAAAGUUCUAGAUUUACAAAUUUCGGUAGGGGGGAUUAAAUUCCAUGCUGGUUUUAGGUUUAUGAGUUUAAUUGGUCAUGUCUUUUUACCAGGUCGAUGUCCUUGUACUAUCGUCUUUGUGUUUAGCUUGAUAUUAGCUAUAUUUACUGAUUUAGUGUCAAAGCAAACUAUCAAUUUUCAUAUGGGACCUGCUUGUUGAUGUCCUCGUAUUGGUUUAAUUGUGGACCUCAUAGAUGUAGGUCGAUGUUGAUCGAAAUCCUUCUGAAAGCCAUUACAGUUCAUCUUGUAGACCAUCUUAUUUUUUACAAAAUUAGGGGUGAGUUGGUUAGUUCUAAACUUGUCGUGAUAAGUAGCAUGUUCUACUUCUGCUGGUCUAUUUUCCUUGGUGUGGUCAUGUCUCUAGUGGGAAGGAACAUGUUGUUAAUACAAAAACCAAUGUUUUCUUGGAAACAAUCCUAAUUAGAUCAAUAUGCUAACAUCUUGUGUUUGUAAGUCCUGGGAGAGGAGUCCUAAUCAUUUUCCCAUUGUGGUUAAGCUAGCAACAACUUGUAGUAUUUUUGUUGUGUGGAUGUAUUCUAGAAAAGGGUAAUCAAAGCAUUUGUCUUCUGUGAUUCUUUGCAUGAGCUUUUGUGUUGAUGCGAACUGAAGCAUUAGUCUUAUGUGAUUUUUUGCAUUCAUUGAGCUUUUUAUUUCGUUUGAAUGAUGACUCCGUCUAUGUUUAUGUGAUUAUUACUUUAGUUUACUACUAGAGCAAGAUUGUGAUGCAAUUGAUAGGUUUUGCCGUGAUUCAUCAAGUCAACCUUGGACUUCAUCUCAUCAUACUUGAUCAUUAGUUCCUUCUUUUAUGCAUGCCGGUAUUAUUUUUUGAUUGGAGAGACUCAUCAAGUGAUAGGUUUUGGCGUGAUUCAUCAAGUGAACCUUGGACUUAAUCUCAACCAUGCGUGGUCUCAAAAAAGUUGCUCUGAUCUAACCUAGCUGGCGAUUGUGUUCCUUCGUUUAUGCAUGCCAAUAUUAACUUUUGAUUGGAGAGACUUGAUUUGUGCUUUAUGGAGGAAAAUCGAAUGGGAAAGUUCAUACUCAAAGAUUGAUUCUUUUUAGUUUGGAGCAAGUAAAAGGAGCAAGUAAAAGGAUUAAAUAUAUCAGUCUCUGGUGUCAUCAUAUGUAGAUUGAAGUGUUGGAAAAUAAACUUUCAUGUUGUUGACAGUUCCAUCUUCAUCUUCUGUUAGUUGUAAGACCGAUAUCUUUUCAAUAUCAUGUCAGGGAGAACCUUAGCAAACUAAGCUUUUUAGCUUUAUUCUUUUGUUCAGUGCUGCUGGGAUUGAAGUUUCACACUUUGUUCUGUGCUACUGGGAUUUGUAGGGUUUUUGUGGCAAAAGAGAGACUGAUAAGUGUAUGGGAAGCCCACAAACUAGGGUGUGACUUGGCUCAAGUUCCAGCGUAGAAAGCGGUCAGUUACAAAGUAACAUGCUGGGUGGAAGCUUGGUGGGCUCAAGGUUCUCAAUUUUUACUGAAUCAACUAGAAUGAAACUUUGUCAAGUGGAAAUGACGAUGACCAAAACAAGGAAAGCAAUCAAGAUGACAAAGAGACCAAUGAGGAAGAGGACGGUGAAGACGAUGACGAGGGCAAUGAUGAUGACCAAAACAAGGAAAGCAAUCAAGAGGACAAAGGGACCAAUGAGGAAGAGGGAAGUGACUCUAGCGAGAGAAAUGAAGAUGAGCAGAUCCAGGAAAACAAUGACGAGAACGAGAGCACUGACAAGGAAGAGGGGCAGUGAAGAUGAGCCAACCAAAGUCCUUAGUACUUAGCUAUGUGUGUAUGCGUUGUGCAUAUGUAUGUUUUUCAAUUAGAAUAUGAUGAUGCACCGGUGUGGGCUACAUGCAGCUAACUUAAGCAUUAAUUAGUCAUAUUUAAAUGUGUUAUGGAUACUUGUUUUGUCAGACAAAUGUAAUGCUUUGAUUGCUUUUUACUUUUUGUUAACAGGGUAUCUCACUUGAUAUGAUGU